CGAGAUGUUAUGCACUGCUGUACUUGUGCUAUGUGCUGCCCAUCAUCCCGCUCCCCGGGUCGUCCUAAACGGUGAAUGCGAGCCAAAGAGUACAACUUGCGAUGUACCCUACAUGACGCCACCAGCUAUCUUCCUCUUCUGUCCGUUCUUUCCUUCUGCCUAAUACUUAUUUCAGCCCGUCAUGCCACCGUUCUGAUUCCUUCGCCUGGUUCCCUGGCUUUCUUCCCAUCUGUGUUCUAAUGUUUGGCUCAUAGUUGAUCUCUACACCUGCUCACAUCGGCUACACGGUUCGCGACCCACCCGAGAAAAAACAUCACACGGAUUCUCUAUCUGGCGAACUAGGCAUAGGAAGCCCUGAAACCCGCAGCAUUCGCGCGGAAAAGGAUGCCUGGGCAGGAUGACAAGCGCGGAUCGCGCUUGUCCGUCAAGUCGUUGCUGCCAGGCAGGCGAAAUUCGCCUUCGGCAAGCGAGCCUGCGCUCGCAGAAGAGAAGGAGGCCAUACGUGCAGCGGAGGGGCAGGCCGCACUUCCUGUACAACCACCUGGUCCCCAGGACCAACCCGCGAAUGCGGACUUGAACAAGCUCGACUCAAAAGUGGUACAAGUCGGCAACUCAGACGACAAGGAUCCGUUCAAGCACCUGCCUGAGCAUGAGGCCGAGAUUUUGCGCCGACAGGUCGACAUACCGGACGUCAAGGUGGGAUUCUUCACACUGUACAGAUACGCCACGCGGACGGACUGGACAAUAUGGGCCAUCAGUUGCGUAUGCACAAUCGCAGCAGGCGCUGCAAUGCCUCUCAUGACCGUCGUCUUCGGCAACCUUACCGGUCUCUUCUCAAACUACUUCAACGGGAAAAGCACGUACAAUGAAUUCGUCGGCGAAUUGUCGCACCUUGUCCUCUAUUUCGUUUAUCUGGCGAUCGGGGAAUGGGUUACCACGUACAUUGCCACCCUCGGCUUCAUCUACGUCGGCGAGCACUGCACGCAGAAGAUCAGGGAGCGAUAUCUGAAAGCCAUGCUCAGUCAAAACAUAGCUUUUUUCGACAAGCUUGGCGCCGGCGAGAUCACGACGCGCAUCACCGCCGACACAAACCUAAUACAAGACGGCAUAUCCGAGAAGUUUGGCUUGACUUUGAACGCUUUCGCUACCUUCAUCGCCGCCUUUGUGAUCGCCUUUGUUAAGUACUGGAAACUGACCUUAAUUCUGAUGUCCAUUGUUUUCUCGAUAGUUUUCACUAUGGCUGGCGGCUCCACCUUUAUCAUCAAGUGGACAGCCCUUUCACAGGCUGAAUACGCAAAAGGAGGCAGUGUGGCUGAGGAGGUCAUAAGUUCGGUACGGAACGCAACGGCGUUCAACACGCAAGAGAAGCUUGCCAGGCAGUACGAUAAGCAUCUUCAACAGGCAGAGAAUUACGCCAAGAGACUUCAGGCAACCCUCGGCGUUAUGAUUGCGAUCAUGAUGACCUUGGUCUACCUGAAUUACGCUCUGUCCUUCUGGCAAGGCUCACGCUUCCUUGUGCGGGGCGAAAUGAGCGUAUCUGACGUGUUGACUGUCUUGUUCGCCGUCAUGAUUGGUGCAUUUUCUAUGGGCAAUGUUGCGCCGAACAUGAAGGCAUUCACCGCUGGAACUGCGGCCGGACAAAAGAUCUUUGCUGCUAUUGACCGCAAAUCACCAAUGGAUCCCUAUGAUGAGUCUGGUGAGAAGCCAGCGAGCAUCGAAGGCACGAUCGAAUUGCGCAAUAUCAAGAUGAUCUAUCCUUCGAGACCGGAAGUCGUCGUCAUGGAUGGUGUCAGCCUUCACAUUCCAGCUGGCAAGCAAACUGCCUUGGUGGGUGCUUCCGGUUCCGGAAAGUCAACAAUCGUUGGCCUCGUAGAGCGUUUCUACGAUCCGGUCGGGGGCGAGAUUCUGCUUGACGGCAGGGACCUCAAGACUUUGAACCUGAGUUGGCUCAGACAGAACGUUUCCCUGGUGCAACAGGAGCCUGUUUUGUUUUCGACAACCAUCUACGAGAACAUCCGCUACGGCCUUCUUGGAACUAAGUUUGAGAACUUGGAUGCAGAAAAGGCGCGCGAAAUGAUUGAAAACGCGGCCAAGAUGGCAAAUGCCCAUGAUUUCAUCAGCACCUUACCGGAAGGCUAUGAGACAAAUGUGGGCGAGCGCGGUUUCUUACUGUCUGGAGGUCAAAAGCAACGAAUUGCCAUCGCCAGAGCCAUCGUGAGCGAUCCUAAGAUCCUUCUCCUGGACGAAGCUACCUCGGCUUUGGACACAAAAAGCGAAGGUGUUGUGCAAGCUGCUCUUGACCGUGCAGCGGAAGGUCGGACGACAAUCGUUAUCGCUCACCGUCUUUCAACCAUCAAGAACGCAGAUAACAUCGUAGUCAUGCAGCAAGGGAAGCUUGUCGAGCAGGGCAAGCACGACGAACUUCUUGAUCGACGUGGUGCAUAUUUCAAUCUUGUCGAGGCACAACGUAUUGCUGCUGAACAACAAAAUGACGAUGAGGACACCAGCGACGAGGAUAUGGCGAUUGCGAAGGAUUCAGAGGCCAAGUUGGAUCAAUCUUCAUCUGAGAAUGGCGAAGACCACGAAACCAUGUCAACUUUGAAGAGGAUUGUUUCGUCGGGCAGCGGGAAGCUUUCGCGUGUCAGAUCAACGGACAGCCAGCGUACUCAGCCAAAGGAGAAGCUGCAGCGAUUACAAUCUGGCAAGUCCGCCGCGAGUGUAGAGCUUGCAAAGAGGAAGGAAGAGAAAGAAAAGAUCUACUCUCUUUGGAAGUUGAUGGGCCUUGUAUGGAGCUUCAACAGGAACGAUUGGCCAAUGAUGGCUUUUGGUUUCCUCUGCUCAGUCGUUGCUGGUGGAGGCAAUCCCACCCAAGCCAUCUUCUUUGCCAAAGCCAUCACGGCUCUCUCUCUUCCGGAUCAUCACGAACUUCGCAGUCAAAUCAAUUUCUGGGCCGGGAUGUACCUCAUGCUUGCUGGCACGCAAUUCCUCUCUCUGGCUGGCUUAGGAUGGGCCUUCGGUUUCUGCUCGGAGCGCCUUAUCCAUCGAGCCCGAGAUCAAGCCUUCCGAACCAUGCUGCGACAAGACAUUGCAUUCUUCGACAAAGACGAGAAUAACGCAGGCGCAUUAACGUCUUUCCUUUCCACUUCCGUCACACAUUUGGCUGGAUUGAGCGGUCAGACGCUCGGUACCAUCGUACAAGUCUCUACCACCCUCGUUGCCGCGUUGGUCGUGUCGAUAUCCAUUGGCUGGAAGCUCGCUUUGGUAUGCACGGCUACCCUCCCAGUUCUUCUCGGCUGCGGUUUCUUGCGUUUCUGGAUGCUUGCUCGCUUUCAAGCUCGCUCGAAGAAAGCAUACGAACACUCCGCAGGUUUUGCCUGCGAAGCCACAUCAGCUAUUCGCACUGUUGCCUCUCUCGCUCGCGAACAAGAUGUGUGGGAAAAGUACCACCAGCAGCUUGUUGAUCAGACUAGAGCCAGCACCAUCUCCGUCGCCAAGUCGUCGACGCUUUACGCUUCUUCGCAGUCAUUCGUCUUCCUGUGCAUCGCCCUCGGGUUUUGGUACGGCGGUACGCUGAUUGCAAAGCGCGAGUACACAAUGUUCCAGUUCUUCGUAUGCUUCUCGUCCAUUAUCUUUGGUGCCCAGUCCGCAGGCACGAUCUUCUCCUUCGCUCCAGAUAUGGGUAAGGCAAAGCAAGCUGCGCAAGAGCUUAAAACCUUAUUCGAUCGCAAGCCAGCCAUCGACUCUUGGUCCGAGGAAGGAGAGAAAAUCGAUAAUGUUGAGGGCUACAUUGAGUUCCGAGACGUUCACUUCAGAUACCCUACGCGCCCGGAGCAGCCGGUCCUUCGGGGAUUAGACUUGACCGUCAAGCCUGGACAGUAUGUUGCACUUGUCGGUGCCAGUGGCUGCGGCAAAUCCACGACUAUUUCCCUUCUCGAGCGCUUCUACGACCCAGUGGUCGGUGGCAUUUACGUCGAUGGUAAAAACAUCAGCAACUUACAUCUCAACCAAUAUCGCAGCCAUCUGGCACUUGUGAGCCAAGAGCCAACUCUUUAUCAAGGAACCAUUCGCGAGAAUAUUCUUAUGGGUGCCGACCGGGAUGAUGUCACAGACGAAGAAAUUGAAAAGGCCUGCAAGGAGGCCAAUAUUUAUGAUUUCAUUAUGUCCUUGCCAGAUGGUUUUGCAACGGUAGCUGGCAGCAAGGGCACACUCCUUUCCGGUGGUCAGAAGCAACGCAUUGCGAUCGCACGGGCCCUGCUUAGAAAUCCAAAGAUCCUGCUCCUCGACGAGGCAACCUCUGCUCUAGACUCAGAGUCUGAAAAGGUGGUUCAGGCUGCGUUGGACGCGGCGGCCAAAGGACGGACCACUAUCGCUGUUGCACAUAGGUUGUCCACAAUUCAGAAGGCGGACAUUAUCUACGUGUUUGACCAAGGUCGCAUUGUAGAGCAGGGCAGCCACCAUGAAUUGUUGGCGAAGAAAGGGCGAUAUGCAGAACUAGUGACGUUACAGAGUUUAGAGCAUACGUAAAGGCUUUGUAGCGGAUAUGUGGCUCCUGCGUUUCCCUUUCGUCUCUUCCCUCCCUCCACCCUCACAUUUUUUUUUUGUCAUUGAAAAGUUCAUGCUGCAAGACGCGGGUUUCAUACAAGCAUAGCGGGGCGUCUAAGAGAUCUUGUAUCAAUUUCAUAUAUUUAGACUCGUCUUCCGUUAAAGUCUGCCAAAAAGUCGCCAAGUUUGUACACUAGAUAGAGCGUAUCUUGCGCCCAAGCUACACGCCAACUCCAAUUCAUGCGUAAUUACAUCUCCAACACA